CACAAGAUAUAUCAAGAUCGCAGCAAACGAGCUGCAGAGGAACCAUGCUGCGCCCCGGCGCCACCCGGUUGACCAUGCUAAUCGUAUGCCUUUUGCUGCUGCUGCGGUGCGAGGGCUGUGCGCAGGACGAGAGGAUUGCGCUCUUGUACAUCCGCAACGAGCUCGAGAACGAGGGUUACUCACCGUCCGACUGGAAUAGCACAGAUUGCUGCCGGUGGAAGGGGGUGACCUGCGACUCCUCCCUCACAGGCCGUAUCGUCACGGGCCUCGACUUGAGUGAUUUUGUGUAUUCUAACUCGGUGCCGGGGCUACUGAACACUAGUAUGUUCCUUCCCUUUCAAGAGCUGCGGAGUCUGUCCCUGAGGGACCUCUAUAUAGAAGGAUGCAAACCUGGUGCAGGCUUUGAGGUAUGGUCGAAAUUACAGAAAUUAGAAGUUCUUGAUCUAUCCAAGAAUAGGCUAAAUGACAAUAGCAUCCCAAUGUUAGUUACAAUUUUAUCCCUACGGUCCCUAUUGCUCGGUGAAAAUUACUUCAGCUCCAAUCUUACAAUAAAACAGUUGAGCACAAUGAAGCUGGAUACUCUUGAUCUAAGCAACAAUGAAAUCAGUGGCACCGUACCUACAGAUAUUUGCAAUAUGGGAGAUAUUCAAGAGUUACAUCUCAGUCACAAUUCCCUAUCUGGAGAACUUCCGUUAUGCAUCCAAAAGCUAACUUCUCUCAGAAUUCUCAAUCUGUCAAAUAAUAUAUUAACAUUAAAGUUCCCAUCUCUUAGCUUUGCAAAGUUCACAUCACUCGUUGAGCUUUCACUCUCCGAUAACAGUCUUGAAGGAGUUCUCUUUCUGAAUUCCUUCUCAAAUAAUAGCCAACUGACACACCUGAACAUUGGAAGCAGCGAUAAACAUUUUCAGGUGCAAACUGAGAAUCCAGCAACGCAUCUAUCAGCUCAGCUCCAGGUUCUAGGGCUGCAUGAUUGCAACCUUAAUGCCAAUUCUGCCGUUGUACCAAGUUUCUUGUUGCAUCAACAUGCACUAGAACUGGUUGAUUUUUCUAAUAACAACCUAAGUGGUUACUUCCCUUCAUGGUUAAUACAGAAUAAUGUCAACCUGUCACACCUAGUUCUUAAUGGUAACUCCUUUACAGGAUCUUUUCUUCCGUCCAAGGUGCACUAUAAUUUGCGAUGGUUGGAAGCAUCUGGCAACAGUCUAAGCAACUUACCUAUGGGCAUCAACACCACAUUACCAAAUCUGAUAUACCUAGCCUUAUCAGGGAAUUCUUUUAAGGGCACCUUUCCUUCUGCCUUUAGCUACAUGGGUCUACAAUUUUUAGACUUGUCUUCCAACAAUUUCUUAGAUAAUAUCGGGGCUGCUUUUCUUGGAACUAUGUCAAACAUCAUUGCUUUGAAACUCUCCGGAAACCAUUUCUAUGGUCCAUUCCCUCAAGAAAUACUAUUACCUUCCAUUUUACAUGUAUUGCUAAGUGACAAUGAAAUCACCGGGGAAAUUUCCCAGAAGAUAUGUGGUAGUAAGAAGCUUAUGACGUUUGAUGCUAGCAAUAACAAGUUGGCAGGCCCUCUCCCUACUUGCAUAGAUGCACUCUCAGAACUUGCCAUCUUGAAUUUAAGAGGGAACUCACUGGUUGGAUCAAUUCCUUUGGAAUUAUGCAGGCUUCAAAAACUUGUGUUUCUCGAUGUGUCAAAAAACAACCUUUCUGGUCCAGUUCAUUGCUUACCGGAUAUUGACCAUCUCCAUAUGAGUGAUAAUCGAUUAAAUGGGACCUUUCCUAUUCCCUUGUCAUCGAGAGCUGUAAACACACAUACAUAUACAGUGGAUCUAAGGGGAAAUCAAUUCAGUGGUAUCCUUCCAAACUUGAUAGACACGUCCUUUCCAAAUUUAAAAGUACUGUUAGUGCAAGGAAAUAUGUUCGAAGGAAUUGUUCCAGACACUAUUUGCAAUUUGAGGUAUUUGCGGCUGCUAGAUCUAUCUCAUAAUAAACUAUCCGGGCAACUACCUUUAUGCUUGUACAAUAUGGGAUUAGAUGAUGGUCUCUUCGAUUUCCACUCCGAUUUUGGAACAUUUCCUGCAUUGUUCAAUGUUGUGGGGCUACCAGACCAAGAGGAAUUCAUGACCAAGAGCAGGGAGGACAAUUAUAAGGGAAACAUCCUCAACUACAUGACUGGACUUGAUUUCUCUUCGAACCAGUUAAAAGGAUCGAUUCCUGAAAGUAUAGGUGAAAUGAACUGGUUACGGGCACUGAAUUUCUCGGAUAAUUGCUUGGAUGGAUCAAUACCAAAGUCCUUAUCGAGUUUAAGUAACCUUGAGAGCUUGGAUCUAUCAUACAACAACUUGACAGGUCAAAUACCACCAGAGCUAGUGUCAUUACAUUCCCUUGCAAUUUUCUCGGUGGCAUACAACAACCUGUCUGGUACUACACCGGGAACAAAGGGGCAGUUCAUCACAUUUGAACAGAACAGCUACGAAGGCAAUCCCUAUCUCUGUGGCCCGCCAUUGCUGAAGAAUUGCUAUACGGCGUCAUUGAGUCCUCGGACUACAGGACAUGAAGAUGAUGAUAGAGUUGGCGAUAUCAUACAGUUUGGUUGUUCAGCGUUGUUCUACUUGGUUGGUUUUUGGACCUCCUUGGCCGUGCUUUACUUCAAGAGAAGCUGGCGAUGGUCUUGGUUUCUAGCUGUGGACAGGUUCAGUGAUUUUGUAAUGGUUAAGUUGGCUAUGUUCACAAGCAAAUUCUGUGGAAGCAAGCAACCGAUUCGUGUGUCUGUCGGACAACAAUGACUGAACAAUUCCCGAUGUAGCCAAUUGUAUGGGGUACUAUUAGAAAAAAAAAAUACAUAAGAGGUGUAUUGGUAUUGUUGACAAAAUACAGGUAGUUCUACAUGGAUGCGAACUUGUAGUACUCUGUGUCUUCUGGUUUUUUUUUUUUUUUUUUUUUUUUUUUUUUUUUUUU